ACCUCCCAUCUUCCACCUGGUUUUGAUCUCCUGCUGACUCCUUCAGUAGCAUCAGGACUUCCACUGCUAUGACCUACCUGGCUCACACUGCCCACGCCCAGUUUGGCGCCCUCUGGCUGGCCUGCUUGGGCUGGAUGCUCACCGGCGUGGCCCUUGGACUGAUCCAGUGGAGGGUGUGGCAUGUGUCGGACAGGGAGGUGAUCAGCUCCGGUGUGGCGUGGGUCGGACUCUGGAGAGCCUGCUUCAACAGCUACACUGUGGUCAGUGAGGGCUUCAGGAUUAUGUACUGCAGGUACAUCAGACUCACCGAUUCCUUCACUCCACCUGAGAUUGCUGCAGGUCAGGUCCUCAUGCUCCUGUCUCUGCUGGUGGGGCUUUGCGGGAAUGCUGGUGGUGUUUACUCCAUGAGGAAUGCCUACUUUGGGAAAGGUAAAAUCUCUCUGAUCCGCCCAGGGUUCAUCUUCACAGGAGCUCUGUGCUUACUGGCUGCCGGGACAUCUCUCGUGCCUCUCCUGUGGAAUCUGAGCACAGUGGUGACCAAUCAGACCAUCAAUUUCCCGCCUGAGUUUAAACUCCCCCCAGCACCUGAGUCGCAGCACGUGGGGGGCGGAAUUGCAGUCGGGAUUGUGGGAUCAACCCUGAUGAUUGUGUCUGGGAUUAUUUUCUGCUCAUAUAGAUUACCUCUGAGAGAGCAGUUGGCGCUGGAAAAUGCCAGCGGAGGGCAGGAUAACCCCACGUUUGAGUCUCAGGAACACCUGUGA